GUUUCGAAAUGUAAACGAGUAUACAAUUUAGUUAGGAAGCAGGGGCAAGAGUGUGAGUCCAAAGUGGGAGCAGCACCCAGUUAGAAGGAUCCUGCAACUAAGCAUUUAUCUUGUAAGCUUUUUGAGUACCUGCCUUUAUACCAAAAGUUUAGGCCACAUUUAGGAUGCAUGAGUGAAUUGAAUUCUGAAUACUUGGCCUUAAACAGGGAACAAUAACUAAAUUGCAAUGACAUAUUCCAGUAUCCAUAAUUAUGAAGGGCCAAGGUCACCACUUGUCAGAAAACCUGAGCAUUUGUCAAAAGCCUCCCAUUGAGGAUCCUAUAAUUCCUUCUGUAAGAUGUCUUAGAAGUUCUACAAUUACAAGUACCUAUCAAAAGCUUACCCCAACUUGCUGGGAGAUUGGUAAGAAGAUUCUGAUGACAACGAUGAUGAGGUACGACACAACUGUCCAUACUUUUUCAAUAGUGUUAGAUACACAUCAUAAUUUUGAGCAGCUGGAAAGAGAGGACCAUCCACCAUAUUUUAUGGCAGGAUUUGACCCAAGCUAGAGCGCAGAAAAUAUUUUUCUCUGUUUGAAGACUACAAGAAGACCAUAGAGAUGGUAGUAGCAACGAAUCACGAAAUUGGAUUAUGGAGACGAUGUGCCAUUGUGAGAUCCAAAUACUUUGAUGAAGUGUCCAGGAGGAGCAGCCGGACGUUAGGCAGGGGGAAGUUGAUAAUAAACCUAAUAAAGCAUGGCAAAAAACAAGAAAGGGUGGAAUCAUUCGACAGGAGACUCAGGCAGCAAACUUCUAGAUGUGCUAGCAAAGUGGGGGUGGAGAAUAUUCCAGCUCUUUGAAGAGAGUCAAAUAUCCUUUCACGAGGUGCACGGGGCUGCUGCUUUGAUGGCGAUCCCUAAGGCUUGGAAGGAAGUCUCAGAGGAGAAGGUGAGGGUUGUGCGGAAGGAAACUUUGGCUGCUGUGAGGAGACUGAUGCUUAAUGCAUUUCUCGUAGGCAAGACAAUGAAGCAGAAAGGAUCCUGCAUGAAGAUUGGGAGAUCCUGGGAGGACCGAUGAAAAUGCUUUCAAGGUGGAGUGAUACUAUUGGUUCGUCAAGAAGAACAGAGAUUGGGUGUAUUUUCUGAUGCAUGCAUGAUGUAGAUACCUUUACCAAAAUUAGAUGCAGCAUCGGCAUUGUCCAGAAGGUUGUAUGUAGAAAAGAAAUCAAAGUUGGGAGAGUCAAAAUCCUGUUCAAGGGUGUGGCUGAUCUGAACAUAUCCAUUCCUCUCUUGGUUGGGGGGUGAGCUUUUUCAGUAAAAGCACAAGAAACAGAGCUGUCAGAAGCAAGAUUCACCUUGAAGGGUAGCAGGAUGCAAACGGGAAGAUAUAUUGGUUUGUUUUGGGAUCUCAGAUGAAUUGUUUAGUGGCUGAGUUUGGGAUCAUUUCUCAUUUACCCUCUGUAAGUUUCUUUGCUGAUUUUUUUCUUUUCUUUUCUUUUCUUUUCUUUUC